AUCAUCAAAGUAUGUUUGAUGACAAAACAAAAUGAGCACUGGCUGACUUGGAAAUCCAACGAUCUCCGAAACAAGUACUUUAAAGAAAUUGAGAACACUGCAAAGCUGCUACCACCACUGAAUUCGUCGGUUCUAAACUUGGCAAGAGCCCUGGGUUCAUCACUCAAUGGAACAGACCUUUCAUUUCAAGCCAUUCAAACUGAGGUUGCACCAAUUCUGUUUGUAGCACUUUCAACGAUCCCGCAUCUAUCGCAGGUUACUUUUAUGGGAUUGGAUGGGCUGUCGUAUUCCUUCUACAACGACAAUGAUCAAACGCUUGCAGUGUUUUCCAAUUCUUCGCGUUCAUCAUUAUGGUUCACUCAGCCAGUGAAUCGUGACACAGGGCAACUAUAUGGAGAAGCGGUUGGAACAAGAUCUCUGUUGACAGUGAACACGAGCAUGGUCCAGAAAGCCUUGAAUAUAGGAUCUGCGAGCGCUUAUUCGUCUCUAGGGCUGGGGUGGAACAAAGCUCAAGACCUUCACUUUUUCAACACUGCGCCCAUGGAUGGCAGGGGGGUGAUCUCCAUUAGUUUUCCAGCCAAAAUGGUCACUGAAAGGUUCGAGAGUAUUGAUUUUUAUGGAGGGGAUUUCCAUUUAGCUACAAGUAACAGCCAAGUUCUUGUUCAAACCAAGCUACCAGGCACUGAUAUAGUGGUAUACAAUGGCAGCGUCUUGGUUUAUGCCGAUGAACUAAAUUCAUUCAAUAUCAGUGAAGGCAAAGCUGCCCCCAUUUUGGGGAAAAUCAGAGGAACAGAGCGCACGUUCUAUUGUUCAAACAUUGAAAUUGCAGGAGUUCCAUUGGUAUAUGUACUGUCUUUCCCCACAAAAGGAUUGGAAACCGAGGUUCACAGCAAGAGCAAGCUAGCACUCAGCUUUCUCGUAGUUGUUUUGGUUAUAGUAGUCAUCUCUCUCUGCAUUUUCAUCGUUUUAAUCUUUAGAUCUGCAAGAAGAGAAAUGUUCUUAUGCACAGCGCUCGUGAAACAAAUGGACGCAACUCAACAAGCAGAGAGAAAGAGCAUGAACAAGAGCCUUGCCUUCGCUAGUGCAAGCCACGAUGUGCGAGCCUCUUUGUGCGCCAUAUCUGGUUUGGUCGAGUUCUGUCUUGACGAGGCCACUCCUCAUUCUGAGCUUUCAUCUAACUUGAAGCAGAUGAAUACUUGCGUAAUGGACCUUCACGGGAUAUUGAGUUGUGUUCUCGACAGAAGCAAAAUCGAAGCUGGUAAAAUGCAACUCCAAGAAGAAGAUUUCAACUUGGCAGACCUUCUUGAGCACGUUGCUGAUAUGUACUAUGUUGUGGGCAUCAAGAAAGGCGUAGAUGUUGUAUUUGAUCAUUGUGACGGCUCAAUCUUUAAACAUUCCCAAGUUAAAGGAGACAGGGGGAAAAUCAAGCAGAUCUUGUGCAACUUAAUCAGCAAUGCUGUUAAGUUUACAUCAGACGGCCAUGUCUCAAUUCGUGCUGUUGUGAAGAAAAAGAGCAAGGAAAAUGAAAUAAUUGCUUCUAACCGCACUGGUUUCCUGAGCCGUUUGUCAAGGCUGUUUUUCAAGAACCAUGGAAGUUUCACUGAAUUGGAUAGCCUUCAAACUGUCCAGCAGAAUCCCAACUGUAUGGAGUUUGAAAUCGAGGUGGAUGAUACAGGGAAGGGAAUCCCCAAAGACAAGCAAGACUCAGUUUUUGAAAACUUUGUUCAGGUUAAAGACGCAGAUCCUGAACAGGAAGGCUGUGGUUUGGGACUCGGCAUCGUUCAAUCUCUAGUUCGUCUAAUGGGCGGAGAGAUCAAAAUUGUUGACAAAGAGCCUGGGGAACGAGGGACACGCUUCAGGUUCAAUAUUUUUCUUGCUACGAGCCAGCCUUUUCCGGCUGACAUUGAAGAACCAGGAGACCAUAUCAGCAUCAACAUUGAUAGCCCUCCAGCUGAUUCUCAUCAAAACUUUCCCCUGAUUCGUUGUCCCCAAUCAGAUCGUUCCCAUGUUGUACUCGUAAUUGCAGGAGAUGAACGAAGAAGAAUCUCAAGGAGGUUCAUCGAGAGCUAUCACAUAAAGGUGUCAACAUGCAAGAGGGGGAAAGAUCUUUCUUACAUUCUGAACAAGCUAAAGUACAAGUUGGACAGUUCUCAGAGCAGUCCGGAGAAAAAUCAGUCGCGAGUGAUUGAUAACACGACCGCAUCUGGCUCCAAUUCAGGAGCCAACUGUAGCUCUUCAGGGACCAAGCUUGAUGGACUUGACCACAGUGCAGUACUUAACUACAGAAAGUGCAGUUCCAGAGGUUCAUCAAACUUGGUACUAAUUAUACUCGAUGCUGCUUCUGAAUCUUUCUUGGAACUAUGUUCGAUUGUGGAAAAUUUCAAGAAAUGCAUGGUGGACUCCCUGUGCAAGGUAGUCCUGUUAGAGAAUCCGGUCACACGUACGAAAGCCCGCAAAGAAGCCAAGUCCGUUCUUCAAUUUGAUUACUUUGUAUCGAAACCAUUUCAUGGAUCAUAUUUGAAACAAGUCCUGGGACUACUACCUGAAUUUGGAAGCUGGAACCAAUGCAAUUCCCCCAUCAUAACAAGCGAAACAAUUCAAGACGUGGAAUCAAGUGUUCCGCCUAAUGCUACCACCGACUCUGCAGCCAGCUCCGGGGCUCAGCAGGCUGUAAUACAUGAGUAUGAGCAUGAUCAUGAUCAUCUAAGACGCGGCAACAAACCCUUGAAUGGAAAAAAUGUUUUGAUUGUUGAAGACCAACAGAUAUUACGAAAGUUGGCCACUGUUUUUCUUAGUAAGCUUGGAGCGAUUGUUGAGACUUGCUGCGAUGGGAAAGAGGCUUUUGAUCGAGUCUGCAAAGUUCUAGGCGAUCAAAUGAGGGAUGGACAUCCUCAAACUCUCCCCUAUGACUAUAUCUUCAUGGACUGUGAGAUGCCAGUAAUGGAUGGAUUCGAGGCAACAAAGCUGAUAAGGAAAGAGGAGAGGAACUAUGGCAUCCGAAUUCCAAUCAUAGCGCUCACGUGCCAUGAAAUGCCUGAAGAAACAAUCAAGAUUCAUCAUGCCGGAAUGAACUCUCAGAUCAGAAAACCACUGCAUAUGGCUAAGGUUAUGGCUGCUAUUCGAUCAAUUGAGAUGAAUGAACAGAAGUUUAUUAUCCAUUAAUUGUUGAAAUCUGCACAUGGCUACCAUUAUUAUCCAUUAACCAUUACUCGUGUGAUUAUUGUUAUUGAGCAAAGUAGUUCGUUUUUUUUUUUUUUUUUCCUUUUUGGCCAUAUAUAGAAGUUGCAAAACCUAUCUGAUAACGUGGCGUAUGUUUACGAACCUAG